AUGAGCGUACUUGAAUGGUUUUUUGGAAAAAGUUUAACCCCACAGGAGAGGCUGAAAAAAAACCAAAGAGCGUUGGAAAGGACGCAAAGAGAACUGGAUAGGGAAAAACGAAAAUUAGAAGCACAAGAAAAGAAAUUAAUCGCUGAUAUUAAAAAAUCUGCAAAAAAUGGUCAAGUGAACGCUGCCAAAGUACAAGCAAAAGAUCUUGUAAGAACCAAAAACUACGUUAAGAAAUUUGAAAAUAUGAGGACACAACUGCAGGCAAUAUCUUUAAGGAUACAAGCAGUAAGAAGUAGUGAUCAGAUGAGUAGAUCAAUGAGGGAGGCGACAGUUCUUCUUGGAGGUAUGAACAGAUCGAUGAAUAUACCUCAGCUCCAAAGAAUUGCCAUGGAAUUUGAAAAACAAAGUGAUCUUAUGGAUCAACGCCAGGAGUUUAUGGACGAAUCCAUUGACAAUGUGAUGGGAGAUGAGCUUGAAGAUGACGAGGAGGCAGAAGAGAUUGUCAACAAAGUUUUGGAUGAGAUUGGUGUCGAUCUAAAUGCACAAUUGCAGAGUACGCCUCAAAAUCUGGUUUCAGAUGGUCAAUUACAAGAAUCAAGAGAACGAGUCGCACAGCCGUUGGGAGCAUCAGGCGAGGUAACAUCCAGCAAUCCAGAUGAUGAAUUACAGGCACGUCUGGAUAGUCUGAAACGGCAAACAUGA